GACUGGAUCAUUUUAAAGGCGGUGUCAGGCAGAGGAAGAGAUUGAUUACCUGAUACAUCUCUGAUCAAGCAGCAUCAUGAUGAACAGCGCAGUGUAUCCUCCCAACGCCAACGGAGCCAACACGUUUGGCAACGUGCCCGGCUAUGAAGGCAUCGCAGCAGGUGGAGGUGGUUACCUGCCUCCUCCAAUGCCGUUGGAGCCUGUGGCCCCGCCCCAACCCGGCCCUAAUCCUAAUGAAUGGACCAUCCCCACUCUGUCGGAGGAUUCGGCUCGUGAGGCCUUCAAGAGCUUUGUGUCGUCUCACUGCUGCUACAGUGAAAGCCCCGUGAAUGACGGAGUCAUCACCAACAUGGAGCCGUUCAACACCUACAGGUAUCGACUGGAGACGUUCACUGAGUCCAGGCAAACUGAGUGGGCCACCAAACCUUAUGAAGGUGAGCAGGCUGACUUCUACACCGCGACCGCGCCCCGGCCCUGGGAGGUCCAGACCACGUCUCCCGGCCUCUUCACCGAUCACAAGGAGGAGAUCCGCGUGCCCUACACCUCCUCCAUCAAGGACUGCACAGACUGCCAUAGUAGUGGGACGAAGCCCUGUGAAGAUUGCCAUGGAGAUGGACAUAAGCAGUGCUGGGAGUGUAGUGGCGCUGGGAGCAAGAAUGAUGAGCGCUGCUCUCGCUGUGAUGCUACAGGAAAAGAAAGGUGUUCCAACUGUGACUCGCAUGGAACGAUCGACUGUGAGACCUGUAAAGGAAAAAAACAACUGCUGUCGUACAUCAACCUCAAGGUGGAGUGGACUAACAACGUGGAGGACCACGUGGUGCAGCAGAACUCUGGUCUACAGGUCGAUGAUCUCCGUUCAGUGAGUGGGAAGGAGCUGUUCAAGAACUCCCAGUACCUGAUCUACCCACUGUUUGGGUUCCCAAACCCGGCCAUCUCCGAGGCCUCUGAGCGAAUGAUCAAAGAUCACCAGGCCAAGUACGCCCAGAAUGCCAGGAUCCUGCAGCAGAGGCAGACAGUCGAGUUGAUCCCCAUCACUAAAGUGAACUACAAGUGGAAGAGCGACUCUCACGUCUACUUUGUCUACGGCAACGAGCAGAAAGUCAACGCAGACAAUUACCCGGCAACCUGCUGCUGUGUCAUCCUGUAGACACACACACACACACACACACACACACACACACACACACACACACACACACACACACACACACACACACAAACUGACCCAACUGCUUUUCCGUUGUUUUUUUAAUACUAUACCCUCCUUCCAGGAUGCAUUUUAACCAAAGACCUAAAAAAUCUACAAAAAACGUCCAAUUUAACGGAGAGAGGUUCCCACAAGUUAUCAGGUCAAACUUUUUGCAGAUAAACCUGUCACAUCUUUUUGUGAUAAAGAAUUAAUUUAGAAUAUUGUUCUGUAGUUUUGUAGCACAUACAUUUCUUAGAACUGGCUUUAUUACCAGUCCAAUUUAAGAUUAAAAAGUACUCGACAUUAAGUGAACAAUCCUGGAGGGAAUCGAUUUAUCUGUUUGUCUUUGUGUUUCCAAAACUGUCCUUUUCAGGUUUAACUCUAACUACUGUUUACAUUAUAUCGCCUUAUAUCAACAUUUCACUUCAUGACCAAAAUAAACAACCCUCUGCCUUUUUUAACUGCCCUCCUGCAGUACAGCUAAUCUCCUGUAGAGAGCGAUCUGGUGUUUAACACAUUGCCUUCAGUACAUGUGUAUCUGUGACUAACAGGACAAGGCCACUUCAAACAGUAAAGCUUACAGUACCAGUCAAAAGUUUGGACACACCUUCUCAUUCAACUACUUUGAAGAAUCUAAAAUAUAAAACAUAUUCUGGUUUGUUGAGCAUUUGUUUGUUUACCACAUAAUUCCAUAUGUGUUCCUUCAUAGUUUGGAUGUCUUCAAUAUUAAUCUACAAUGUAGAAAAAAAUAAAAAUAAAGAAAAACCAUUGAAUGAGAAGGUGUGUCCCAACUUUUGACUGGUACUGUACGUUUUACUGUUUGUUUGUAAAUGACCAUAUAUAUGUAUAUUAUCAUAUUAUUAUUCAUCUUCGGGGGGUUUAUUACCAGCCGCGUCACAGACACUGGUACAGUUUUCACCUUUUGAGUCUGUGUGUGUCAUCAUGGCAAAAUGAGGUCAUCAAGAUUGCCACUGUAGCGGGAUCUAUGACACGGGUGGUUUCGAGUGUUUUGGUAGGUGUUUAUAUUACUGUCUGUCUGUCUGUGGUCAACGAUACCAAAACACUUUUCAGCAGUAAAACGUUUUAAUUUGCUGAGUGCUCUUGAAAACAACGAUGAUGUAAAUAUGCUUUUUAUAAGUGAUGUAUGCUGGAAUGGGAUGAAACUUUUAUGGAUUAGUCCCUUUUUAUCUGCAAAAAGUAAAUGCCUUAAAACCGGAGUUUUUAAAAGUCGGAGACUGUGGGCCUCCACUCAGACAAAGCUUACGUUUUACCCGUGAUUGUAUAUUUAUCACAUAGACACUCAAGAAGUAAGGCAAGAUAGCCUAAAAUGUGUUGUUUGAGUUAACUUCAGAGUGCACCAAUAUAUAAAAAAAGGCAUUUAUUAGUUUCUGAAUAUGGGAAAGUGGGAAAAAACAGUUAAGUUCCCCAACUCUUUAACCAAAUCACACAUUGAUGCUGUUCUUUGAUCAUAAUUUUGAUAUCUAAUGUAAUACAUUUUCACUUCCAUUCACUAAGCUUCCCCACCUCUCACUUUCAAAACCUCUGCCUUAAAACAAUACUGUGACUAAUAACCAUCUCUGCUUCUAACCUUACGGACCCGAUGGUGAUGUUACUCAUUAAUACUCUGUUUUUACAAUAGAUUAUUAAUCGUAUGUUACUGUUGAAGCUGAAAAUAAACUUUAAAGCUCGACUGCUUCUGUCACAUCUGUUUACAACUAACUGUAACCAAAACUGUAAAAAAUAUAUCAGACAAAUAACACUAAAUACAUGAGCAAAUAAUAUUGAGUGUAGAAUGUAAUACAAAGUAUUUUUCUUUAAUCUCCAUUCAGAUGUAAAAAGAUAGCAAAUAGCUUUAACUUUUUUCCAUUUACUACCAUGCAUUUAAAUUUAAUUAAUUUUAUUCUAUUAUUUAACUUCCACUAGCUUUUUGUUAUUUUUUAACUCGUUCAUUUUCCUUUCUCUGAAAUUCCAAGGAGCAUUAGCUAAUGUUGUUAGCGUUAGCUUGGUGAUGGUAAGAAGAGUAUAUUCUUAAGUGGUUUAAUCUGUUUGAUUUGAUUUGUGAAAAAAAAUUAAUAGAAAAUGGGCUUUUUUAAACAAUCUGUCUGGAGGUUAAAGGGAAAAAAAUCAAGCCUUAUACUAUGUAACCUUUAUUUUACAGGAUGGAUGUCUAAAUAAUGGAAUCCUAAUCUAAUUCAUGACUGUUUUUAUGUUAUUGUUUUGUACAUUUUUGUACAUGUAAUAUUGUUAAAAGACAUUUAUUGACAAAUAUGCUCUAUAUGUAUUUUAAAUAUAUGUCCGUAGAAACUCACACACUGCUAAUAAAUAUGUAAAACAACCGAAAAUAAGAUCUGGAGAGAUACUGAAUGUAAGCAGAUAUCUGAAGUGUUAAUGUUUGAAGGUUAAGAUGGCGUUCACUCUGAGCUGAACUUUUACAGGAAGCUGUGAAAAAGAGAUUGUUUUGACUCGAGUGAGACUCGAUGAGGAAGCAGAUACCUUCAGCGUGUGAAGGAGGAAGUGAAGAAGCCCCAGAAGAGACUUCAUACGCCUUCACAUCUGUUGAA